UCAGGAGGGAAGAAAGGGAGGGAAACUUGUCGGCCCAAAAUUCGUUCAUCCAAACGCGGACUUUCCCGGAGGGGAGGAACUCUGGCAAGGGAAAGCAAAACCCUUUAUAUUUUUUCCUUUCUCGACGGGGCCGGGUAACCCUUUGCGGUGAGGUUCUGGUUGGAAAAUAGGAACGUCCGUGGGAGGAAGUGGGCAGGAUGAAGGCAUCCAUGAAGUUCCGGGAAGACCAGAAACCCCUACUGAGAGCGAAGGUUCCGGUGGGAAUCUUAGGGUUUCCUUUCGUGUCUGGGAUAUCCGGGGGCGACGCCAGUGACCUUUCAUUCAGCAUCCAGACCGCAUGGAUCCCUGGCCUGUCUCUGAAGUUCUCCUACAGGCCCAACGACUCGUACAAUCCCUUCGUUUUUGCUGUGAAAUCCGGCAUCGGCAUCCCUAACUCGCCGGAGAAGUCAUCCGUCCUUGCCAUGGGUGCCGAGUUUAGCCUGUUGAGGAGAGGGAAUCCGUGCUUCAUGCUUCAGAUCAAGCCGGAGAUCGGUGACUUCUCGCUGAGAAGGUCCGUCGUGUCUCCGUCGGGCGGAAACCACCGGGCCAAGCUCGGGGCCUCCAGUGACGAGAUACCGGUGGAGAACCGGGGGGAGAACGGGAUGAUGGACAUUCCAGUGGAGAGGAUGCUGAAUUUCAAGGAUUCUCUGGGGCACUCCACGGCUGCCGCCGGGAUGCAGGAAUUCAUCUCCGGCACGGCGAUCAUGGCAAGGACGAAAUUUCCAUUGACGAAGAACGGCUUCUUGAAGAUUCGUUGGGGCGUUAAUUUCCCUCCGGAUAUGCAUGCCGCAGGCAGUAGCUUCCGUCACAGCUUCACCGGCGUAAAGCUCCCCUUCUUGACCGUCAACAAGAUCAGCAUCGAGAAUGUGGAGUCGGCGGCCGGGCCUCCUGCAACGGAAUUCCCGGGGAAAGAAGGGAGACAUUUGGAGGUGGCCCUGUCGAAAGGAAUGUUAGGCAUGAUGAAGGAGGACAUGGAGGCUCUUCGAAGGGAGAAUGACGUGGUGAGGGAGACCAUCCGUGAGCUGAAAUCUGUCAUUGGAAAACAAAAUGGUGGUAAUUUACUGGGGACGGAUUUUUCUGACGUAGAUGACAAGACAAAGAAGAAAAGGAAUGGCGCAGAUAAUGGAACUAGAGAGCGGAAACUACCUGAGUAUUCAGCAAGGUCGGGAAGUUCCUCCGCAGAUAUAAGUGAAGAGUUGAAGAAAGCCAUUAGAGGUUCAUCUGGUGCUUAAAAAAUGUAAAUUUGUUUUACCUUCCAGUCAAUUGCUUGUGGUUUUGUAAUGGAGUUUCUUUUCGAUUCACUAGCUUUUUAUGUUUUAGGAAGACAAUGGGAGAACCAUAGCCACUGUAUCAUAGUUGUAGCCAUAAUUGUGGCGAAAGGUAUUCAGUUUAGUUUGUUUGCCAUUGGCAACUGCACUUCUCUGUCUGAUAAAUGGAAAAUUCUAUCUUUGCUUGCCGUGUCA